GACUCGACUCGACUCGACUCGACUCGACUCGACUCGACUCGACUCGACUCGACACGCCCAGGUCGUCGUCGUCGUCGUCGUCGGCGGCGGCAAGGAUGGAUCAACAAUUCAUUUAUAGCAGCGUUUCCUUCUCCCUCCCGUUACCCCAGUCCUGGCUCUGCAUGCCUGUCUGUCUCGCUCCUCCUGUCUCACUAUGCUUCGCAAGGUCGGGCUUCCAUGGGCGCCCGACUUCACCCCAUUCCUGCGCCGAGCUUCGUAUGCCUGGCAUUCGUCAUGAUAACACGGGACGGGCGUCAUAACGGUAAAGGCCAGAGGGGGCGGUGAGUCUUGUAGGCGUCGCCCGAUGCUCGGAAGAAAGCAAGAGAGGAGAAUAGUGACGAACGCAAGGGGGGCAAAAUAUGUGCGUGUCCCUUCGCCGUACUCCGUACGCCAUCGUUGCUACGGAACCCUUUCUUUUCCAACCCUAUCUCCGUCGACAACCUCGACAUGGCAUUCUGGUCCAAGACUGAAAACCGAGAGGGGGCUUGCCUGGUG